GUACAGUGAAAGUCGGAAGAAGGAGGAAGCAAGGUCAAUUUUGGUCGAUUUAUCUGCGGUAAACAAGAAAUAUAUAGUGGAUCUUAGUGUAGGAUACGUCAAUUAGAUCAGGCAGACUGUUUCGUGGAUACCUCACUCGCUUCAGUUUGUCUUCCCUGGUUGUAGCCCUGUUGCUAGUCUUUGUCAUCUUGCGGGGCUUGGAAUUUGGCGGAUUAAAGCAGUAUAAAGAAUUCAAAAUUGAGAUGGAUAAGAUGGGUGAGAUGGGUCACAUGACCACAGGGAUGCCAAUGGACCACAGCACGAUGAACCACACUGGUAUGGACCACAGCAUGAUGAACCACACUGGUAUGGACCACAGCAUGAUGAACCACAGUGGUAUGAGUAUGAUGAUGAUGAAGAUGUACUUCCACACUGGUGUGGAAGAAACUGUACUGUUCCAACAAUGGAAGAUUACAAAUGUCGGAGAAUUGAUAGGGUCCUGUCUUGGUAUCUUCUUCUUCGCCAUACUCUAUGAAGGUCUCAAGGUAUUGCGGGAGCAUUUGUUGAGGAAGUAUAAUGUACAUAUGCGUUACAAUUCAUACCCAGUCCCCAACAGUAAUUCAACCUCGUCACAUGAUGCCAUGAUCAUGGAAACACAUAAAGUAGCACAAGCAAAGUUGUGCAGCUGGCCGCACUUCCUCCAGACGUUACUCCACAUUGUACAAGUUGUCAUGAGUUAUUUCCUGAUGUUGAUAUUCAUGACGUAUAACAUCUGGCUUUGUCUAGCGGUGGCGCUAGGAGCAGGAGGAGGAUAUUUUGUUUUCGGAUGGAAAAAAGCAAUAGUGGUGGAUGUCAAUGAACACUGCCACUAACAUAAUGAUUACUUGACGGUCAAUUAGUUAAUUAUUAUCAUAUAUUUUUGUAAAAUCUUAAAAAGGAUAUAGUUGACAUUUGACAAAAUUGUGAUAUUAAAAGCGUCUUGUAAUUUUAUGUUUUAAAACUAGACGUGGUCUUAUCAUCAUUAUCCAGCAUGUAACCUUUGUUUGCUUUUGCUGUAUCCUUUUUUUAGGGCAACUGUAUGAUCAUUGAUAGUAUAGCAUGAGUAGGAACAGUUGCUUCCUUAUGUAUUGUUUUCACCUGUUGAUCAUUUUUGAAGACAUGAUGUUGGAGCGAUGUCAGGAAAGAUGUCUAAUCGCAGGCCAUGCUUGGUGCCAGAUGAUAGGUCAAUAUAUCAAACAGGGGAAAACCCACGUCAAAAGUAAUCUCUGUGGCGGCAAAAACAUUGUGGUUGGCCUGGAGCCAUACUGAAUGUGAAUUCCAAUUAUUUUGGGACCAGUCGGCAUUUGAAUAGGCAAAUCACUGCUGAUUUGUCUUCCUGGUGAAACAUGACUUUUGGAACUUAUGAGAACUUUUUGCAUUAUGGUUAAUUGCAGUUGAUUACCAGUAGGCAGGUAGUUGAGGCAGUGUGAAGGCUGUUUCACAUACACAUGUUAUAUCAGCAGUAAGUUCUGAUAUAAACACGUUAUAUCAGCAGUAAGUUCUGAUGGUUGAAGGCUGUUUCACAUACACAUGUUAUAUCAGCAGUAAGUUCUGAUGGUUGAAGGCUGUUUCACAUACACAUGUUAUAUCAGCAGUAAGUUCUGAUGGUUGAAUCUUUGUGUGUUAUGUGCAAAAGUGGUCAGCGUCUCAUUUGUUCUAUUUGAAGAGUUGGCUCAUUCGACCAUGACUAAUAAAUUACUUUGCUGAAAUAUUUAAAUUGUAUUUUAAACCGUCCCAAUGACUUUUGGCCAAGUAGACAAUGGGUGAUAUGAAUAAAGAUAGUACCUUAACUGAAAACUUAUGUAUUUAUUUACACAAGGUUUUUCAGUUAACAUGGAAGUGUAAGGUAUUAAUCAUUAUUCAUGUCACCCAACGAUGAUAUCUUGUGGCUUCUUUUCAUUCUGUUUACUUAAGGUGCGCUACAUCAUUUAGGGAUAAACCUCUCUAUUUUCUCAAGCCCUCAUUUAUUGGUGCCUAACUCUCACCGAAUGAUUAACUCUUUUGUUCACAGAAGUUGGUGAAGAGACAUUUUCUCACAUUUUAAAAUGAGAGGAAAGAAAUAGUGACAUUUGCCUUCAAAUGAUACUCAAAAUGGAUCAUGUUCAAAAAAACUUUGGACUGUGCAUUGUUUUCUGAAAUGAUUUAGUUUUUUUAACACAACCUAUAAAUCAAAAUGGAAUGAAAUGUUUCAAUUGGUUGGAUGACCUAUGUCAGGAAAUAAUAUAUUAAUUCUUGCUAAAAUGGUUAGAUAGGGUACUCAUAUAUUGUGAUCUAUAAAAUCACAAAUUUUCUAUUGGCAGUAUUUUAGUUUGAUGUGUUGGCAGUAUACCAACCUGUCAUAUCUGUGUGUCACUGACUGUUAAUUCGACCAACUGUUCCCACGGAUAGUUUAGUAAAUGUUUGCUGAGGCAGGUUGUGUGCUUUCCUGCCAUUAUCAGACAACUUCUUUUGUUUGUACACAGGCCUACAUGUUCAUAAACAGUUACUUUGUUUGUACAGGUCCGUGACCUUUUAAUUGGGACAUCACCAUCUGAAUUCUGUUGAUUUUGAUUCUGGAUAAUGUCUUGCAGAAUGUUUGUUUUGUUAAAGGUAGUCUAGACAGGAACCGGAGGAGUCAGAUUAACUAUGUAGUUUAACAGAGUCCCGUCUGUCUGAUCUGACAGACAGUAUAUCUCGUAGAUGUAAAGUUUGUUAGCAGUGAGAUUAUCGCUCUUGAUAGGUUUUGAACGUCGUCACCAUGGUGGCAUGACUUUCAUGCUUGCUUUGUGUACAAGUCUGUUUUCCCACCUGUACCCAGUCUUCACUUGAUAAAUUUGUAUAUUUGCAGAAACUUUAAAUCACACCUGAUUAUAAUAUGAAUAUUAUGUGAAGAGUUGUAUGUGCAGGAUGAACUCUUGGUGUGAUUCUUUCUUUUGACUGGUUGAUUUAGAAGUUAGGUGAUUUGUCUGGUCUGCAUGAUAAAUCAGUAAAUCAUAAGAGUGAAUUCAGUAAUUUUUGUCAGAAUUCUAUGGGUGAAAAAUAAAAGACGAUUUAGUUGAUAAGUUACAUGUAACAAACUUUGUUGAUGUCUAGUGUACUUUGGAUAUUAAUCUAAAUUUUAAUGUGGAGUAUUAUAGUGGGGUAGGAGGGGUGUAGUUGACCUUUAAGUGUCAUCCUUUCAUGCACAAAGCUUUCUUCCAAAUUCUCCAACCUUUCCACGGGCUUAACAGUAUUUAUUUCAAUUACAUUGUACAUGUACAUGUAUCGACAGUUUGUCUUGAACAGUUUUUUCUAACAAACAUGUAAGUCCUUUUACUCUUCAGAAACUUAGGCCUCUCUCGCUACUCUUCCAAAGCAUAGGCCCCAGUAGUUCACAUGACAGUUAUAUCUUUAAAACAUUCAUUCUCGACUGAAUCUGAACUAUUGUAGAAUAGAUCAUUUAUAGUUGAUGCAUUGCAUGAAUGAUUCUGAUUAUCUUCACAUCAGAGAGUGUUCCAAAUAUGAGCUUUGUCCUAGACAACUUUGUAUCCGAGAUGUGGUAAGCUUCUUUAGUCAACCUAUAUGCUAAGUCAACUGUUUGUGAAUUGUUUAUUUGUGGGCUGUAAAUCUAUCUAGAAUGUUCAAAAUGACGACCAAUGUGAGAUAUACUGUAGACGUUGAAAUAUGUGGCUGCCCAAGGAAUCACAAUAUACCUAUGUUUUAAUUCAUGCAUUGUAUGGCGAAGCGGUGUUGGGCCAUUGAAAGGUGACACUGCCUUUCUGAUUGCCUGUGGCAGCCAACUAUUCCAAUGUGUACGGCGGUUAAUGGUGUGUAAAGCUUGGAAUCCACUGCUAUGAAUCCAACACCAGCAAACUUUCAACAGCCAGCCCGAUACCCAUUUUUUCUGGUUCUUUUUCUUGACUGAAGGCUCUGGGAUUGCAAAGUCACAUUGCACCGAUCAGAGGUGAUGCUUCAUUAUGUGAGUGACUUUAAGUGUGGUCAAGGGAUAAUUAAACUACUCUGUUGAUUCAGAUUGGCUGCCUUCUUAUAGUGGCAGCAUCUGGUAUAGAAAAAACGUGCGCCUUCUGUCUGGCGGUGGGAGGAGAGACUGAAGGACCUAUCACCUGCACUGGUAAUUCGGCUUUCUAUUACUAGAAACAAGACAACUGCAGGCUAUGGCAACAAUCACAACUCACAGCAGUGGGUUCCCAGCUGAGUGUAAAGGUAUUCAGGGUUACACCUUCUUUACUCUCGAAUGUAUUCCUGACUGCCUUGUCACAACUCACAUUCCACAAUCGUAUCAAAAGUGGGUGCCAAAAUAUAUUUUUUGUGAUGCUAUUAUUUCCAUGCAAUAAAUGAUGGAAUUCAA